UUUACCCAAUAGAACCAAAGAGUAGGGAUCACGCAGUUCAUGGGAUCGGGGGUUUCAAGGGUUCAGCUAGCGGAUCAUACGGGAUCCGGGGGACCCCAUAGAUCCCCUUCUUCCACUUUCCAGUGUCGCCCUGGGCCUCUGAACCCCCCUCUUGACCCUCCGGUCCCCGCAAAGCAGGUGGAUGCCCCCCCCCCCAACCCCUCUGGAGUGAGUGAUGGGCGGUGGAAGCUGGGAGUGGAUGCGUGGCUGCGCGUGUGCGUCUCGGCUUCUGCGUCGUGGGCGACCGAUGAUUCGGUGAUUGCAGGGAAGGGAACCCCCCACUUUGUUCCCGGCCAAGACAAAACAACGAUGAUUGCAAAGUGAGCGCGCGGUGGAGAUGGGCACUUGCCGUCUGCCAAGCCCCGCAGAGCUCGACGCGUACGCACGCAAGGUUGCUGACCGCCCGCUCACCGUCAAGAUCUUCUCAGGGAACGUGAAGGUGCCCCAGCGCAAGGUGACGCGCCGCCGCAUCAACGGCCUCGAGGUGCCCAGCGCCUCUGCCAGUGCGCAGCGCUACAGCCCCUACCCGGCGCCUGGGAGCCGCUACCAGGGCCUGCUGGCGCUGGUGACCGCCGUGCCGCAAGCCUCCGCACCCAAGUCUUCGUCGUCGCACGGCAGGAGAGUCCGAGACAUGUCACUUCCCGGAACGGGUAACGUUCCGUCGUCGGGUUUCACGAUGCCGAGUUCCGGUGCCGGCGGGGUCGGCGGGAGGGACAAGGCGAGUGCCGAGGCAAGGACGCGCGAAGCGGCGGCGGCAGCGGCGGCCUCGCUGGCGCUGCCUUGCGCCGGCCGCCACCCUGCCGCCGUGGCCGGCGGCUCGCUGCAGUCGGGCGCCGUGCAGACGCUGCACAAUAACGCCUUCCCCAAAAUGGACGCCAAAGAGGUGGCGCCCAUCAGAGUUCCGCGCGCCAUGGCCGCGCCGCCCGCCGUCGCGUCCCACGCCGCGUCCGCCCUGUGCGACGGCGGCCUGCCGGGGGCCUACGCCGGCAAGUCCAGCACGGUCUCCUACAACCCCGGCGGACACUUUGUCAAGCCACCCGAGGCGAGCGGCGGCGGCCUCAAGGCGAUCCACCUCCCCCCGCUGUGCCAUUCGGCGCUGCCCACGCACGUUCUGCCUUUCCCGCACCUGGGCGCGGGGGGGCAAGCGGCGGGGGGGGCGGGCAUGGCGUACGAUGCGCAGAAGCCGCGUGCCGUCUUCUACUCUGCGUACGGGGCGGUCGGCGGCGGGAAGCCUUUCGACCCGGCGCUGAUGCCGCCCAAUGUGACCAUCUCGGCGCUGCCGCGCAACACGCCACACCCCUUCUACGCCAACCUCCCCUCCAUCGACGCCGUCGUGAAGCAGAUCACGGCGCAGAGCCUGGCGCAGGCCUCGCAGCAGGGCGAGACCUCCGUGUGCCAGAUCGACGACAUGCGGCUCAAGGGCCACGACCAGCAGAAGGGGGGGCGUCCCGGCGCCGUGGACUGCCUGGGCGGGCCGCUGGGCUCGCUGAUGGGUCCCGAGCUCGGCUCCGGAGACCCGUCCUCACGGGGGUGCGCCCCCCAAUUCGGCGCGGUGUCGGACGCGCAAGGCGACGAGUCGAUCGUCGAGAGACUCCUGUCCUUCUCCACGGAGAUGGGCAACGUGCCGGCGGGCGUUGGCUUCCACUUCCCGUCCCCGCACUGGCACGGGGGGAUGCCCCCCCUCCCCGCCGCCCCCUCCUCGGCUCAGGGCUACCAGCAACAAACGGGCGGCUCCGGCUUCCCGCCCCCCCCUUCCAGCGUGCCUCAGUCCGUCGGCAUGGGCAACGGAUUCAUGUCGGCGCACGGUGGCGGCAACCAGCCGGGGCCCAGCCGGGGGGCGGCGGUGGGCUCCGCCUUCCACCACCACAACCACGGCCACCACCACCACCACCACAACGCGGGCCACACGUGCGGCGGUACCAUGGUCCAGCAGCAACAACAACAGCAGCAGCAGCAGCAACAACAACAGCAGCAGCAGCAGCUGCACACAAACAGCGUGGGGCCCUCGGGGCAGAGCUGCCGGGAUGUGAACACACAGCCCAGCACAAGUCUACCUCUGGCCCUGUCGCUAGGCCACGGCCCAGCGCAGCUCACCGAUGCCGGCCUCGGCGCUGCCGCUGUAUCCGCUCAGGGCUUCCUGCACCCCUCCCACCACCACCACCACGUGCGGCACUCAUUCAUGCCGCCGUCUUCCGUCGGGAGCAAGGUGGCGUCCGCCGCAGCACAGGGUCACCACAACCACCAGCACCACCGCCAGCUGCACCACUGCCCCGGCUCGGCAGCCGGAUCCAGCAUGGCCCUGCACGCCCACUCGCUGGCGUCGCAGAAUGCCCUGUCCCUGCACCCCGCCGCGCAGAUGUCCCACCCUUCCCUGGGCAUGCCGGGGCAGGUCUCCCACCUGUCCCUGCCCACCUGCACCGGCAUGCCCAUGCCGACUACGUACGGGGGACCGGGCCUGCCCUCCUCCGCGCAGGGCGUCGCGGGCAGGGGCAAGGCCGGCGGGCCGACGGGGAGGGAUGGCCUUCCCAGCGGCAUGCACGUGGGGGGGCUGUCGGGCCCCGAGAGGAUGGAACACAUGGGGGUGCCCACACAGAGCCUCUCCGAAACCUACGGGGGGUGGCCCGGGCCCAGCUAGACCUGGCCCGUUAGCGUGGGCUUCGCGAUAGUCUGGGGGUCACGCUCCCGCUGCGCGUACGCUCGCUGUAACGUCGGGACAACCCGGAGGUCACGGUCGAGGAGGCCAACGGGGCCGGCGCCUCCGCACACGCGGGCCGGGCUCAAGGGCCCUCGAGUUGCGCAAUUUAGGUUGGGUUGCCUGCGCCCUCGCCCGUGGCCACGUGGCGAAGGUGGCGAAGGUGGCGGUGGGGCUGGCGCUCCGACGUGAAUGUUACCUCACGUUUGAUCCUAAUGCGCGGAGUCGUGCCAGAGCGAGACGGGACACGGUGAUGCGGUAGUGGGCGGGGGAGGAGGGGAUACUGGGACCGGCCUUGCGGUGUGGAGAGCCACGUGGGGGUGGGGGGGCAGGAAGGGGGGGGGGGGGCAGCAGCGUGAGGGCAGAGCAAGGAGCCAGCAGCCGCCGGCCCGUGCUGAAUGUAGAGCGCUUUGCACUCGUUGCCAGUACGACGACAUAUCACUCCAGCAUCCUGCACACUUGAACGCGAGCGCGGGCGUGCGUGCCGCGGCGUCCCCCCACCAUCCCUCGUCACCCCCCCCACCAUAUCCAAACCGCCCCCCCCUCUCCUCGCUCCACCCUGUCACACUGCUCCCCCUCACCUCCCCCAAGCCCUCCCGCCACUCCCUCAAUACCCUCCCCCCACCCCGCACCUCUCCCAUCUCCUCCGCAUCUCCCGCCUCGCCCUCUCGCUGCAGCGCGCCCACGCAGCUUCCUGCAUGUGCUGCUGCUGCUGCCGGGUGCAGCAUUACCUCUCCCUGCUGCCCUGUGCUGCCUAGCGCGCAUCUCCCUGCUGCUCACUCACUUGCUCCCCACCCCCCGCCCCCCCAGGUGCGCGCGGGAAGCAGAGCUGCCCUCGCAAAAGCAGUUAUUAACACUUGAUUGGAUCGUCUCUUUUUGUUAUGAAGAUUUAGCCUUAAUCCUGUACUUUUCAUGCUGUGACCGGCUUAUUAGCGUAAGCUACUACUCGUAGGUGCAUUAAUUAAAAUGUGAUCUUUAAGUUGUGAUCGUUAAGUUAAUCGUUUAAUUUUUUUGACCAAACGGGAGACGCCGUCGCGCGCCGCUGCCACCGCUCUUGGAGUACCGCUGUAGUUGCCUGGGGGGGUUGGGGGGGAGGAGGAGGAUGGAGGCUGUUGAUCAAUGCUUGAAUCGUGCAAAUGCAUCUCCUCGUCGUGUUUACAACUCGUGUUUCUGUUGAGGGCGCCGGCUCAGCGGCGGCACCACCCCCACUUGGAGCGGAGGGGCCCUCGCCGUGACGCCCGCGGUGCCACUGCUGGCGCCCUGCUUCACGCGGCGGCCGUGAAAUUCCCAAUAAUCGGAACCAAAUCGAGACAUUGUGAACACGAGAAUAUAUAAUAAUAAGAAUAAUAAGAAUACUACGUUAAUAAGUACGUUAAAAUAAUAAAUGCAAAUAAAGAGCUGAUCUGA